GUCUCGGUAGCUUCUCUCUAUACGGUAGCUAUUGCUCUGGCUUCAGUACCAACACCUUUCUUAUAGCUAGCUAGCGAGCCUUCAGAAUCAGAGAGCAAUCACGGAGAUGUAUGUGGAGCCAGAUGCUCUUGGACGCCUUCAUCGGUUCUCUUAAUUUCCGUCGUUGAGACGAGAGAGAGAGAGAUUGAUCGAGACAUUGGAGGAGGAUCUGUGGCCAAAAAGUGCCAACACAGAUGACCCCAUCACCCUGAACCCUAAACUCUCAUUUUUGUGUCACCUCCUCUCCCUCUUCUUUUCGGCAAACACAACCAACAACCACAACUGUACCCCACCGAACCACAAAGAUGAUGCUGUCUCCUCGUACGCGGCAGCUGCCAUUGUCAAGGCAAUGCAUUCGAUGUCUUGUUUCUGCUGGAUGGGAAAGGAAUUUGAAGGUAGAAAGUCGUCCAGUGCGCCGUUUUCUUUCGUCUUCUACUACUCCCAAGUCCGGACUGGUACCGGUACCAUCGAAAGAUCGACCCUCCUGGUCCGAAGAAUGGAAAGCAUUGGGUUUGGGUGCAUCCCUCGUGGAUUCACCAAAGUUCCCCCACAAUUUGCUAUUUGUUCAAGUUGGUUUUGGAGUCGAUCAGCAUGGAGCAGACGAUGCUACCAAAGCAGCCGUUCGAGCCGUACGAAAUGCCAUUGAAUUCAAUAGCAUUCCGGGCGUCAUUGAGCAUGUUCCGGGCGGACGAACCGAAAUGCUCAUUCAUGUCAAAUUGGGGAUUCCUCCAAUUAGUAGUAGUAGUGACAAUAACGAAUGCUUGCCCGUCGAUACACUGCACGUGGCCAAAGUGUUUCCCUAUGGCAAGAUACUGCCCAUUCAAAUUGUUCCGGGUGGCUUGGACUUCGGCACCGGACGAGUGGUGGAGGAAUUGGGGGAUACCAAUGACAAGGCCGUAUGUGUCGUUGCUUGUGUUUCUAUUGGCUAUGGAGAACCCGAUGAUGAAAAUGGUGCAACGUUGCACAAAACCUACAAUACCAAAGAUGGGUACUAGCUAAUGCCUAGCUAGCCAACUUUGCUACUUUGCUACCCAAGAAUCUAGCUAGAACCUUGUAUCUUGUCCAAAAACAAAGUCCACUCUUGUAAGUUGCAAAAGGCAAACUCGCUUCUAGCUAUUGCACCUGGCUGUACAGGUAGGCAUCUGAAGGAUGCAAAAAGAGAGCUGCUGUUGAGUUAGAGUUGUGGUUCAACCGCAACUCGUCCCAAUUUAGCAGCCUCCAAUUCUCCUGAUGGCAAUGAUCCAAGCAAGAGGCCCCAGAUUGGUGCAACAUGUAGGUUGUCCUCAUGAGGGAAAAUCAGGAAUCCUAGAGAAAAAUACAACCAAAGGACAUGUCUUUCCUUUUGUCGCCUGAUCUGACCCUUUGCUGAAAUCUGAUAACAGCGAGAGACACCAAACGAGUAGAUUA